AUGGCUUCAUUACCACAGAGCGUACCUCCGCUCGCAUCCACUUCUCUUCUUGGAUUGCAGCGGACAUCCGAACCACUGCAGCAACACGCAACCCCAACUAGAGAGAUGCGCCUCAGCCAACACGACAUCAGUAGUAUGAAGUCCAGUGGCGAAGGGACCACACUCGUCGAAGUAGUUAAUUUACUUGCACGUCGGGGAAGCGACGACCUUGCAGCAUCGCGGGUCUCCGAUACUGACUAUGCCAGCCUGUUGGGAUGGAUUCGAUGCGAGAGAAUGAAGAAGCUCCCGCCCGAGGGAAGUAGUUAUGACAAGGCCCUGGUAUGGGCGGCCUUGUUUGUCGAGCGUGUCCAUUCAUUCGAUUCAGGAAUUGAGCAGUUUGCGGGCGACAGUCAUCUCGCUGCUCAAAUGUCUUAUGGAUAUUGUGCGAGCCUUCUUGAGCUGGGCGAGUCAAAUGCCUCUGCUCUCAUGGACCUUUUUGGCUUCUUUUACCGCUGCUCUGCCGGGCUUGGUAACCUGCUAGAUCGCGCAGAGCUCUUUGUUGUCUCUUCUGAUAUCAAAGAUCAGCUUAUCCUUGCGUUGGCAGACUUGGUGACUCUCGUUGUUUGUGUGGCCAGACAUUUCCACCGAUUGCUAGUUUCCUCUGAAUCAGUCUCCGUUGAUAUCUACAGCACCUUUCCCAGUCCGAUUGACAGUUUUCGUGGUCGCUGUGAGCAUGCUGCAGAACUGAUGUGGCGUCAUCAAUUAGUGCGAGAGGGUCUUGGCGGUGAUCAAGAUGUUGGCAUAAAUACGCUCAAGGACUGGCUGCAGCCUGAAGACCCGACACUCGCUCAUGUUACAGAGAUGAUUCCCUCCGCCCAAGAACGCGAAGAGGGUACCUGUAUGUGGGUCAAGCCGUAUCUGACGCGGUUCUUGAAAGGCGAAAAGCAAGCGCUCUCUAUCGUUGGCAAGCCAGGCUCCGGAAAAACAGUCUUGUCGACUGUUAUCAACGAUUAUCUUCAACAUCCCGUCGGAGGAAUGAAAUAUACGGCCAUCCUAGCACCUAUAAAUGGUCGAAUUCAUGCCUCGACAACUCCAAGUGCCCUCAUAAAGUCAAUCCUGUCUCAGCUUUUCAGCAAACAUUUGGGAAAUGUACAGUUGUAUCAGGUCUUGGCGGAUGCUUAUAACCAGAGCCAGCUUACAGUAGACGAAACCGCCCUUGAGGAUUUGCUUUGGAAUGCUUUGACGAAUUCCGUCGGUGCCAGUCUAUCGGGCACAAGAGAGCUGGUUUUGAUUGUCGAUGGUGUCGAUGAAUCAACCUGCGCGGAGAAGGCUCUACUGCAUCGAAUCCACGAGACAGCGUUGAAAAACUCUUCCAUAAAGCUGAUCACACUCGGGUCUCAGGAAGUCGAGUCAGCUGUCUCACAGACUGCAGUGCGAGCCACAUUAGGGCUCACCUUUGAUGAUGUGGCCGCAGUCACCCGCAGCAUUAUUCAUCAAAUUCCGACGUUUAACACCAUGUCUGAAGAUGAGCAAGAGCUUACGGUUUCCCGUAUCACAGAAACUUCUGAUGGCUCUUUUCUCUGGGCAAAAUUGGCUACGAAGCGGCUGCGCGAUGAGAAUCCGGCCAGUGAAUCUGCGCUUUCCAAGUCUGUUGGAAGCAUCGUGAAAGCAGGAUACAAAAUCCCCGAUCUUGUUCUGCAUACACUACAACCCAAGCUGGACGAGAACACGAAGAAAAUUCUUGUGUGGCUGGCCACCGCAAGCCGCCCUCUCUCCCAUGAAGAACUUGGGGCUCUCCUGUCAUUGCAACCCAACAAGCCUGAUGUCACCGAGAAGUAUGACAUUGAUCUUCAUCAGCUAUUGAAACCGGUAGCCUCGCUUGUCUUCUUUCAAAAUAACUUGGUCUAUCUUAGGCAUGCUCAAGUGCGUGCCGCGGUUUUGGACAUUUUCUCAAAGGGCAAGUUCCUGCCCGCGAUCAGGGAUCGCAAUGUGGACUUUGCGCAGCGACUUCUACUUUACGCAAAGCACCAUGUGACAGACAGCCACGAACCCUCUUUGGAUUCUCUCAACAGACGGGUGACGGAAUAUCUAUUGGAGAAACAUCCUCUGUUGGAUUUUGCGCUUCGGUACUGGCCGACCCAUGUCAAGAACGCGUUUGGGUGCACAAGUGACGAGGAGGUCACUAGAGCGGGAAAAAACUUGCGAUACGUCUUCCCUACUAGCCCUACUGUACCUCUUCUUGAGAUGACGGUGUGGGCGAGUAAGUUGACACCGUCACUCCGAACCGUUCACGGUAUCCAAACAGCACUGUACCGCGAGAUCUUGACCUGUGACCACCCAGCCACUCUGCAAGCUAAAUUGACCCAGGCGCUGUUCCACAGACAAAUCCACACAGUUACGCCUGUCGAGAGCAGUUACAUUUUCUACGAAGCGGCGAUGAUCUGUCGCAAGACACUGUCUGUCCGACAUCUCAUUACUAUGCAGAUGGCACAGUACUUCUUGGAGAGCACAGCUAGUCAAAUCACAGAGUCUAAAACGGCGAUUAUGACUCAACGUAUUGAGAUGCUGCAACUUAUCAUUGAAUGUUACAAGGUUCAUUACGGGACGACAAGCGUCAUGGUCACCUCCACCCUGACACAGUUGUCAGAGCAUUAUACUUUCAUCCAAGAGCACAGCAAAGCCCAGGAGGUUACAAUCCACUUGGAGGGAUCUUUCGAAGAUAACACACCCCAACGGAAAGGAUCCAGACAGGCAGACGAUUCUUUACUGGUUCACCUUCACGGCCGGAAAGAAGCAGCGACAGACACAAGUACCACCCUGGCUUUGGAUGGGAUCGAACAGGAUGAGGCAAUCAAGUUUUCUUUUGAUCUCAAAUCUCACUUGGCCCAAGCUGAGCGACAGAAAUCAGAAAAUUUGGUUACAGAAGCCGAACAAACAUACGUGGAACUUUGGCAGCAGGCAAGCCAGGAGUAUCGGCUUAGUCACUCUACUGAGCACAAGCUGGUCAUGUUACAAGCUGUUCUAGAAUAUUCUCAUUUUCUUGAAGGCCUGAAGAGGACCGAUGAAACAGCCUCGAUCGUUGCCGGAUUUUGGGAACAAUACGAGAAGACUACCUCCAGCCCUGAAGUCUUGGUGCCACCUUUACUGGAUCUUGCUCAGAUAAUGAAGUCCGUCGGGCUGUCAGUGAUGGCCAUUGAAGUCUUCAAACAUUGCGCACAAAGUACAAGCAGCCAAAGUGCUACGUACAAAAAUGUUGAAAAGCAUAUUCACUCCACCUCCCGGGAAGUGAUGCGCUCAGAAUCCUUGAUGACAGAAUCCACCCUCAAGGAAACAGUAUUCAGCGCAACUAGUGCCGAGGAACUUUCUACAGCAGCAACCACAUCACUGAUAGAAAGGUACCUGUCUCAACACCGGUGGCAUGACGCCACAAGUAUGUUGAAACGAGUGCUUCGAAGUGUGUGGCCAUCGUUGUUUGCGCCGUCGCUCGAAGAAGUCACCCUUCCAUCGACCCAAGUCAAAUAUUGCAUUGGAAUUGCAGAGCGUCUCGCUGACUGCUAUCGCUCCCGCCGUCGCUCGACCAAAGAAGAUGAUAUUCGCACUCGGCUUUAUCAUGCAGCUCGACGCGAUCGCCCAGCAUGUGGAUAUGAAACCUUGGAGCGAAUCACCAUGAACCUUCUUCGUUUGUAUGAGCGUACCUCUCAAGUUGACAAGGUCAUAAAUAUUCAUCAGGACCUUCUGCUUGAUUACACUAAGCGAUUUGGCACAGAGCAUCCUAUUGUGAUCCAAAAGCUUUGGACCCUGGCCACACUGACGCGCCCGCAACCCAUCGCAAUGGAUUACUACCUUCAGAUCAUACAAUCACUUAAUAAAGACUCAAAUACUUGCCACCCUGAAGCAUUUGAGCCACUCUUGUUUGUGACAACCGAAUUGUUCAAACAAGGGCGGUACGCGGAUGCGCUGAAGCCCUACCGGGUGUUGUUCACUACUCUACAACAGACCCCCACAAUCAGCCCAAAAUUUCAAGAUCAAGGAAUUGUUCAAAAUAUAUAUGAGCACUAUGUGUACUGCCUACGCGAGGCUCGAACGGACAUUACUGUCAUCCACGAUGUAACGGUACAGUACCGUAAUUCGUGCACCAGCCUGUUCGGUGCGAACGCGACAAUCACCAUUCAAGCGACAAAGACAUUGGCAAACAUCUGUCAGCAGUCCAAAAGAUAUGACACUGAAGCGACUCAGCUCUAUGAAGGUCUCUUGCAGAUACAGUCAAGUGAAGUUGAAAUCGACCAUCAAGACAUCCGCGCCAUUCUUGGGGCCAUCUAUGAGCAGCAAAAUGCAUCCUUGACCGCCUCGAAGGUAGAGAACAUGUCCUCAAAAGAGCUACAGAAGGUUGAGUCUAUUCGCAACCAACGUUUGACGUUCAUUCGCUCCAGUUAUGGAUGGGCACAUGAGGAAGCAUUGAGUCAGAUGGAGGAGCUUGUUUCACUCUAUACGAAACAAAAGAAAGCGCCAGUCGCUACUACCCUGUUGCAUGAAGCAACUUUCAAAAUUUUGUCUACCGAAACAUCCUCCACCAAGCUGACUGCUGCGGCCAAGAGCAUUGCAUCUGGCUACAUCGCAGCUGGUCAACUCCAGGAAGCCCGGGACCUCUCAGACAAUAUUUAUUUCCAGGUUAUGAUGAAGAAGGAGAAGCAGUCUACAAGCCGCCGUUUGAGCCUAAUUUUCUUGGCUCAAUUCGAACACAUCAUCAGGGAAUCCGCAAACAACUCAACCACGUUCAACGAAGUUUACGCUGCCUUGACCACGGAGUAUCUGUACUUUGAGCAGUUCCGAAUUAUCCUCAGCUCAAAAGAUGGCAAGUUGCAGCACACUGCCGCUACGGUUGCCCGCCUGCACGCUUUCCUGCUCAGUAGGGGUCGUCUUUCGGCUGCUGCUCAGGUCUUGGACCAGUACAUCAGCUUUUUCUUGGCAUCCGAGGGAUCCAGUCUAAGUCUCGAUCCCAGCCAGGUGAAAGUUUUCGUUGAAACGAUUAUUGAGUAUCUCAGUUCUCAUACCUCGCGCAACUUCCUCCGUUCAGUUGCCAUCGCUAGCUUCAAUGGUGUUGUUCAGCAGCUCGACUUGGGAAAUUACCAGUCCGCCUGCAAUCUCGCGUCCGCGGCGACGAAAUACGUUGUAGCACACAACGGCUACUCGGAUCAGGCCACAAGCAAAUUGGUGUUCAAGUUGGGCUUAGCUAUCGCUGGCCGAGAAAUCAAUACAUCACUAACAGCGUCUGUCCAGAAGCAGAUGCUAGGCGUGUCGGCCACAAUUCUAAGUGAUACGCUCAACUAUUUCAGAAAGCACAACAUCGAGCUCACGCAGCUGGACGUGGCAAAUGUCAAUAGCUUGAUCAAGGUUCUCGAUGAGCAACACGACUACCAUACCCUGGCCUGGGUCCUCACCUCCCUCUGGAACAGUCGGGAUGCGUAUGCCCUGUCACAGCCCCAGCAUGCAUACACACUUGCUCUCGGGCGUAUGCUCGUCAUCACGCGCUACCUCGUUGGGGACUACGCAGCUUCAGUCCGCCUCGCAGAAGAACUUGUAUACAACUGCGCUCGUGUUCAUGGGCCUCGCCACCCUAGUACCAUUGAGAUUACCGUUCUCCUGUCGCAGAUGUACACUAGCAUGGCGCAAGGCUAUCAAGACCAAAAGGGUCGUCAGGAGCUGGCUUAUCGAUACUAUCGAAAGGCGGCAGCGCUACAUGAAAAUGCUCUACGUGUCUUCAUUGACCCGUCCUCUUCUUCAAGCGAUGUCGACAUGGAGGUUAUCUCUGGAAUGUCAUCCCCCUCGUCCCCCGGCAGUCCGGGAGAAAUGGAAGAAGGGAAACACGUUCGGCAACACUUGCACAUGCUCAAGUUGGCCGUCGAGCGUCUUGGGGAUUGGCCCAAGGAAUACUCCGAAUAUGAACGGCUUAGUCAAGACCUCUUCAGUCUAUUUGGACAUGACUUGGAAGGGGUUGAAAGUGUGGACAAAUGGAAUUUGAAGUCGUUCGGCUCUGGGCAGGCUGAGGCUAGCGAUGAUUUGGUCUCCUUUCAUCGUGAGCAUCUUGCGAUUGCUAUUUGA